CGCUCAAGUUUGGAGCAGCAGUCGCUGAUACCGCGUGGUCACGAGAAGAGCACGUACUGAACUGCGCGCCGGGCCCUCGCACACCUGACAACGUCGAACGCAUCUCCGCUGUGCACCAACGCCGAUUGGUGAACAGAAACAAAGCCUACGCUCGAAACGCAGCUUCAUCUGAAUCCAUAACUGCGUGGAAGAUAAGUGGAUUGCUAAAACAUCGUUUCGCAAUCAGAUGAACAAAUAGAAAAGAUCCCAUGACGGUGCGCCGAGCCUGGCAUGGGGGGUGAAAAGACCCGACCCAUGUGGUGGCAGACGCUACCUACCAUGCUGGUGCUGGCGACGAUCGGAUCUGCCAGCGACGGAGCUCUCUGCCCUCGUCGGUGCUGGUGCAACGACGAAACGCUCUCCGCUUCCUGCGGCUCAGCAGCUCUCGAGGUCGUCCCUAUCCAGCUCAACCCUGAAGUGCGCCACAUCGACCUCUCUAACAAUAAAAUCACACAAGUUCGAUUCUCGUUCUCCCUAUACAAUAACCUAAUAACGCUCGAUCUUUCCUUCAACAAAAUCAAAACUCUCGGAUCCUCUAACUUCGAAUUGCAGCACAACCUAAAGCAUCUCAACCUCAGCAAGAAUGAAAUCGAAAAGAUUUCCAAGGACUCGUUUAAAGGACUCAGAGCGGUCACCACGCUCGAUCUCAGCCGUAACUGGUUGGAAGAACUCACGUGGGAAACUUUCCGGGAACUACAUUCCUUGCAAGUAUUGAAAUUAUCGGAAAAUCGUCUGGUUUAUCUAGAGGGGAGGCUCUUUAAGUCGGCUAAGCAUCUACAGGAGCUGCUUUUGGAUCACAACUUGUUUUUGGAGGUGCCGACGGCGGCACUAGUCGACGCUACCAAUCUGCGGUACCUGUCGCUCUCGCACAACCUCCUCAAGGCGAUGGAAGAAGGACAGAUGCCGGCUCUGCCGGAACUGCGGACUCUGCUUCUAGAUAAGAACAUUAUUGAUGAUAUCCACCAAUCGGCUCUGUCUGGACUGCUGGCUUUGGAUCAUCUCGACCUCAGCGACAACAACUUCACGGUCAUACCGACGGCAUCUCUGACGAAACUGUCGAACAUAACUAAACUGAAGUUGAGCGGUAAUUUCAUCAAUAUCGUGCCACCUGUCGCUUUCAAAGGACUCUUCCAUUUACGUUUUCUUAGAUUAGACAGCCAAGAACUUCUCCAAAGGAUAGACGCUAGGGCUUUCGUCGACAACAUUAAUUUGGAGAGGGUCUGGCUAGACGACAACAUAGCAGUAGAUCGGUUGCCGACUAGGCUAUUUCAUGGAAACCCUCGUGUUACCUAUUUGUCUGUACGCAACAACAGGUUAACAAACAUAGAAGUAACCCAUUUCCCGUUAGAUCAAUUACGUGUUUUAAAAUUAGCUGGUAACCCACUGGAAUGCAAUUGUUCAUUGUCGUGGCUUUGGCACUUGAUUCAGGAACAAAAAUCUAAGCGAUCUGUGGAGUUGGCGAACGGGACGGCCGACGAAGACGGGAUGUACUCUGGUGAUUUAAUAGUAGAUUGGGAGGAUAUAAGAUGCGCUGGUCCGGAACCUUUGACGGAUGUGCUGCUGGUUGAUGCGACCGAAUCCCAAGUGGACUGUUCUGUCAGCUGGAUAGCGGCAGUUUCGGCAACACUAACGGCCCUAUUUAUAGUCGUUAUAGUCGGCGGUUUGUUGUAUUGGGGCCCGAUAAAGAGGGCACGUGCUAAAGAGAAAGAACUUUCGGCAGUCGAGAGCAGGUGUAGGAAUAAAACCGGCGGAGCUUGUUCGAACGGAAGGAGUGAGCCUUUCGAGAACAUAAGGACAGAUAAGUGCAUGAUCGCGCCACCUCUCAUACAUCACGACUACCGCACGCUACCCUCCUGGGAUCCUUACAGCGCGGACUGUGCCGGCACUAUGAACAUUUAUGAACAUUUAGAUUUAAACAACAAGACGAGGCCUCAUAUCGUCUACGUGUAACUCCAUUGUGAUCUGUUCGCGCGGAUCGCUCCGUAAGGUUCUUCCUACAAAUUCGGGUAUAGAAAUCGGCCGUCGCGCCUGAUGCAUUUAUAUUUUAUAGAACAUGUGUAUCAUACGUUAUAUGCUAGGAGCUCGAGGCAGUGUGGAUACAAACGCCUGAAACGGCUCCUCUUUGCCAAGGGGCGGCUUUUCACCGGGCUCGGUUCCCUUUCAACUCAGUACAGAUGAAAAGACUGAUUCGUUUUUAAAGUGUCCGUUUUUGCUACUCCAAAUGUGUCAAAUAGCUUUAAAUUAAUAAUGAUGUGUAAAGUUGUGACAAAACUAAAGCAAUAAAGAAUAUCCGAACCGACGCAAUAUCUUCAUUAUUGCAUUUUUUGUUCGCUGCAGAGACUACUUGAUUUCUCUACUCGUCAUCUAUAUCAUGCUGUCAAACGUUUACGCAGUACUGGACCAUGUAUAGCUGUUCUGACACGAUUUACUUUAGGAACCUUUACACUCUCGGUGAAAAUAUUUUACUAUAGAUUUAACAAAAUCAAAAUAUUGUCAUGUGUACAUUUGUUCACAGUAAAUAAUACCUGUUCUUAAUUAUGACUACUGCUAUUUACUUCCUUCUCCAUACAUUAUUACAUAAUGUUUAUUAAAUGAUAAGAUAAUAAACAAUUACAAAAGCA